CAAUUUUUUGUUUAUGAGAAAAAUGACAUUUUAAUUGAGGAGGUUAAAUUUUUAUUUAUAUUUGUCUCAAAUUUUAUAAAAAUAUUUGUAUUACAAAAUCACUCAUUAUGUCUAUAACAAAAUGUCAUUAUCGAAAAAAUAAUAGUUUUAAACAAAGAAACAAUAUAGAUGAAACAUUUAAAAAUGUAACAUAUAAUAACUUGGAAAAGAAGUGUAUUUGUCAAAGGGAUACAAAUUUACCGUGUAUAAUUGUACACGGUGGUGUAGGAAAUUGUGAAGAUGUUUUGGUUAUUGAAAAAAUGACAGCUUGUCAGAAAGCUGCAUCUAAUGGAUAUAAAAAAUUAUUAAAGGGAGGUAGUUCUAUAGAAGCUGUAGAAACAGCUUUAUGGUGGUUGGAAUGUGAUGAAUUUUUUAAUUGUGGUUAUGGAUCUGUAUUAAAUGAAAUAGGUAGAAAUAUGUACCAAUUCUAUAAGAAAUAUAUAUAGUUUAAAUAUUGAUAUAUGUAUUAAAUAUAGGACAAGUACAAAUGGAUGCAGGUAUUAUGGACGGAGAUAAAUUUGAAUGUGGCUCAGUAGCAGCAAUUUCAGAUAUAGAACAUCCUAUAUCGCUUGCUAGGUACGUUUUGGAGAAUCUCCCAAAUAAUAUAAUUGUUGGAGAAAGUGCUAAACAGUUAGCACAAUGUGCAAAUAUAAAUUGGUUAUCACAAGGGAAUAUGGUUGCACCAGCUGCAUAUCUUGCCUAUAAAUUAAGUGAAAAUGAAAGAUAUAUAACUGAUUAUAACAUGGAAGAUUUAGAACAUAUUCAAACAUUGCAAAGUAAUAAAGUAAAAAUAUUACAAUUGUUGAAAAAUAUUAUUUUAACAUUAUCUGUAGGUAGUGUUGGAACUGUUGGUUGUGUGGCAUGGGAUGGUUAUAGUAUUGCUGCUGGAACAACAACAGGUGGUUUAAAUAGAAAACUGAUUGGAAGAGUGGGAGAUUCUCCAUUAUUGGGAUGUGGAACAUAUGCUGAUAAAAAUGUAGGAUGUUCUUUAACGGGUCAUGGAGAAUCUAUGAUAAAGCUUGGAAUGGCCCGAUGUAUUGCAGAAGAUAUUAAUCAAGGUUAUGAUCCAAGAACUGCAUUACAGAGAAACUUAGAUUACAUGUUGACUAAACUUAAGAAAAAUGGCGGUGGUAUUGUACUUAAAAGAGAUGGAUCCUGGGAUAUAUAUUUUACUUACAAAAGAAUGCCAUAUGCUUUUAUUAAAAAUAAUAUGAUUAUAUAUGGGGC